AUGUUCAACUUCAACUCCAGAAGUGAACGUAUCGAACAGUGGUCGUUCGUCUACCAGACAGCAUGUGACUACGAUUCAGAUGAAAGUAGUGUUACGCUUGGAGAUGAAUCUGAAAGAGCAGUCUCUCUGAGCUUUGCGGAGGAAGUCCUACAGAAUCCACCCGGCCGUACAAAUCCCGCACCUUCAAACGAAGAGCGCGAGAUCAUUGACCUCACUAUGGAUGGUUUUGCUCCCGGUGACUAUCUGACAGAUGAAGCCUACGAACUGUUACUGCGGGACUUAGAUCGCGCUGAGCCUCAAACUCCUGCAGUACGAUCCCGUCUUAUCACAAGGCCAGAGAAACGCCGGUUGCCUGAGGUGUGCCUCAAUGGAAUUGUGUACAAGAAAGGCCAAUCCGUUCAGCUUCACGAUGGUACAUUCCUCAGAAUUGAAGAAGUUCUGGCAGAUCGUUCUGCCGAUAUCUUCUUUCGGGGAAGACGCCUGAUACACACGAAAAACCACAGGGGCAAAUACAUACCAAGGUGGGACCAUGAGCUUGUCUGGAUCGCGAAUGAGACAAUAGACAUUCCAUCCAACCAAGUUAAAAAGUUUGUCCGGAUCACGUUUACGAACUUCUGUGUGAUCCAGAAGGACUGGGUCAAGCACCACCAACGCCCCAAAGACCUAUUUUGUCGGCUCAAAGAGCAUUACGGAGACAAGAAACCAUCAUCAGUGGAAUACCUCACCUGGGAUGAAGCAGACGAAGGAUUCAAAUUCGACCCGCCGAAGCUCCGCCGUGCGUGGCGGGGUGAGACCAAGCCUUUUGGAGCGUUCGACCCUGGUGAAGUCGUGGAACUCGAUGAUGACAAGCUGCAUCGAACCAGACACGACCCAGUUCACGCUAUGAAGCGACGUCAGUAUACAUUUGGCGAUGCAUUCUGCGGUGCUGGCGGCGUUACCUGCGGUGCUCGUGCGGCUCUUUUGCAUCCCGAAUGGGCCUGCGACAAAUCUGAGUCCGCUGUCAAAACCUACAAACGCAACUAUCCAGAUGCGAACGUCAGGCUGAUGGAUCUUUUCACCUUUAUCCAUUCAAAGCAUUCCACUAAGGUAGACAUUGUCCAUGGAUCUCCGCCGUGCCAGACGUUUUCACCCGCGCACACGAUCGAAUCCGUGACCGAUGACGCCAAUAGCGCGUGCAUUUUUUCGUGUUUGAAUUUGCUUCAGAAAUCGAAGCCCAGAAUUCUUACCAUGGAAGAGACAAGUGGCCUGUUUGAGCGUCACAGGGAGACAUUCAACCGAGUUAUUCUAGACUUCAUCGAGCUUGGAUAUGCAGUGCGCUGGGGCAUCCUCAACUGCGUCGAAUACGGUGUACCUCAGCUAAGACGAAGAUUGGUAAUCAUUGCAUCUGGACCAGGCGAAUCGCUUCCUCUAUUUCCCAAGCCGACUCAUGGACUCCCCGGCUCUGGGCUCCGUCCCUUUGUUACUAUAAGACAGGCCAUCUCUGACAUCCGGCCGGGAGCAGCAGACCAUAAUACCCAGCGAGCGGCAGCUCGUCCGAUGAACCGGGCGCCGUGCGAUGGCACGGGACAAAUCCGAACAAUCACCUGUGGCGGAGGUGAAAUGAUUGCCCACCCUUCGGAACGGCGUAAUUUCACGAACAGGGAGUAUGCGUGCUUGCAGACGUUCCCACGUCGGUAUCACUUCUGUGCCCCGCACGUCCGAAAGCAAAUUGGCAAUGCGGUUCCCCCGAAGCUCGCGCAGGCGGUCUAUGAAGAGAUCGUUAAGUCGCUUCGUCGGACUGAUGAGAGGGAGUUGAGGUAUGGGCCCUGGUAG